GCUCAUCCUCAGAUCAGAUCUGAAAAAAAACCAGAGCAGCGUCUUUGUAUACGCCUCUGGUAAUCCCUUUCUUUUCAUUUCAAUCUCACGCGUUUUUCUUGUGAUUUCAUUUCAAAAUGAGAGAGUGCAUUUCGAUCCAUAUUGGUCAGGCCGGUAUCCAAGUCGGCAAUGCCUGUUGGGAGCUUUACUGCCUCGAACAUGGAAUUCAGCCUGAUGGGCAAAUGCCGGGAGACAAAACCGUAGGAGGUGGAGAUGAUGCCUUCAACACCUUCUUCAGUGAAACUGGUGCUGGAAAACACGUCCCGAGGGCUGUUUUUGUAGAUCUGGAGCCUACUGUGAUCGAUGAGGUUCGCACUGGAGCUUAUCGCCAACUCUUCCACCCGGAACAGCUCAUCAGCGGGAAGGAGGAUGCUGCCAAUAACUUUGCUAGAGGACACUACACCAUUGGCAAGGAAAUCGUGGAUCUGUGUCUUGACAGGAUCCGGAAGCUUGCUGAUAAUUGCACUGGGCUGCAAGGGUUCUUGGUGUUCCAUGCUGUUGGUGGUGGUACCGGAUCUGGGCUUGGAUCACUGCUGCUUGAAAGGCUUUCGGUUGACUAUGGUAAAAAAUCAAAGUUGGGUUUCACAAUUUACCCUUCCCCUCAGGUUUCAACUGCUGUUGUUGAGCCUUAUAACUCUGUGCUUUCAACUCAUUCUCUUUUGGAGCACACUGAUGUUGCUGUGCUUCUUGAUAAUGAGGCUAUUUAUGAUAUCUGCCGCAAAUCACUUGACAUUGAAAGGCCAACUUAUACUAACCUCAACAGGCUCAUUUCUCAGGUGAUUUCUUCAUUGACAGCAUCUCUGCGAUUUGAUGGAGCUUUGAAUGUUGAUGUGAAUGAGUUCCAGACAAACUUGGUUCCCUAUCCUAGGAUCCACUUCAUGCUUUCAUCAUAUGCGCCAGUUAUCUCCGCUGAAAAGGCCUACCAUGAGCAGCUAUCUGUUGCUGAAAUCACCAACACUGCUUUCGAGCCAUCGUCUAUGAUGGUAAAAUGUGAUCCACGCCAUGGAAAAUACAUGGCUUGUUGUUUGAUGUACCGUGGUGAUGUUGUCCCAAAGGAUGUUAAUGCAGCUGUGGCCACUAUCUUUUAA